GACGGCCUCAGCGGCGGCGGUCGCCGCCAGCGGGUUUGAACCGCUCCCGCCAGCGGGACGGGCCGGGCUCCUGCCAGGCGCGCGGGGCUGCUGUGCCUUCCUGCUGGUGCCUGAGGCGCGGCGCGAGGAGCGGGCCGCUGCGUGUCGUCCCCGGCGGGGUUCGGGUCGCUGGUCGCAGCUCGCGGCUUUCCGCUGCCCUUCUGGCCUGGGGCGGCGCGUCGUGACGGAAUCCUCGGGCGGGCGCAGAACGCCCUGUGAUCGACGUUCCUUUGGUGAUAAGGCAUGACCCUGCUGCCUUGAGCACUGCCCUACACUGUUCUCAUACUUUUGCAGUAUGCUGUUCCCCUUGUAGGUAGGUAACAGCUAUGGAAGUCCUGCAGUGUUCUCAUGAGCCGAAAUGUGAGCCCCAUGGCCUGUGGCGGUGCUCCUCAGUGUUUCUGGGAGUGUGUAGAAGAAGGAUAUAAAUGGUAAAUGUUGCAUUAAGUAGCAGGAACAUACUUUCCACUUUGCACACUGCCUAUAUAAAGUCACUUGAUCUACUUCCUGUUUGUGUGCUUCCUGAGAUUGGUUAUCUGUUUGUUAUUCACAUAAAACCUGGGAUUCCUUUUCAGAGACAGAAAUAGCAUAUUAUUCUUCUUGUAUCCAUAACUGUAUUCUAAGCAAAAGACAAAUAACUCAGUUUUCAGCAUCAGGUCAACAUGAUGGGACCAAGCAAGCCACCUUUGUCUGAUGCUCCACUUAGACCCACUACCCAGCUAUACAGGAGUGAAGCAAAGUCUUUACAAACACAGGUAUUGUUUGACUUUUUCAGCAGUGCUGAUGUGUUUUUCAUUUGUGAUUAUUACAAAAAGAUGAGUGAGACCCAUUUCCUGGGAUAGGCCACUCAUGAGUGUCAUAUCUUCAUACUUGCUUUCACAACACUGUCGCUCAUAAUCUUAACUCUUUUUUUUUCCAUGCAUGGAACUGAAACUACACCUGUAGAUACUAUUUGCCUGUCUUAGCCUCGUACUUUACCAUAUAGUCACUGAACCUAGAAACUUUAUUCUAUUACUGCAUUUUAGUUUUCCAUUUCUCCUUCAUCAUGCAUCCAUCAUCAUUUGUCCAUCUGUUACCUUUGUAACUCUGCUUCUGGUAUGAUAUAAGUAAUACCUUUUUGUAUUACUAAUGUAGUUGUUACAACUUAUUAAUUUUGUUGCUAGAAUUCUUUAAAAUCUUUGUAAUGGUAUUGUCCGUUACCUGGUCAUUUUGGAGCAGAUUUUUCAUUGUGGGUGCUUACCCAAAGGUGCAAAUAAGUACGCAGUGUUAUUUACAAGAAUAUCUACAUGCUUAAUUCAAGGUCAUUUUGAAUACUGGCAUUUAUCUGAGUGGAGGGAAUCCUUGCAUGCGCUGGCGAAGUAGCGUUGUGACAGAAUGCACUGUAAUAUGAAAGAGGCUUUGUUUUCCUUACUGUUGUGCACUAGAGGUGUCUCAUCCGUGUAAAGUGUUCUGUGUAACAUCAAUUUCUGUUUACACUUUGAAACAGCUCCAGUUUAAUAGGAAUGUUCCAGCAGUUCCGGAAAACUUAUCUCUCAGAUUCUCUAACCCCCAUCCAAUUAUAAUAGAAAAACUGAAAUUGUCUAAUGAUCAGAGAAAUCUAGCUGAAAGUGAUGAUCCCAGCGUAAGAAGCUCUGGCAUGUUUUCAGUGAUUUCUGAAGAGAGACUAAAAUUGGCCAUUCAUCUAGCCAAAAGGGACAUAAAACGAAGGCAACUUGAAGAGCAAGCGAAACAACAGGUGUUUGGAGAUGCUGUCAAUAAAUCAUUGUUGGCCCAGAAGUCACAAGAGCAGAAGAACAAAGUGUCUGAAAGUCUAGAAAAGAAAAGUGGGCUUGAGUUUCAAACUCGGCUGAAAUGUCACCAGAAACUUGUCCAGCCUCCCAAAAUGAAGACUACCACCUCUGAUACAAAAGUAUAUCUCUACACGCCAAAUGAGGGAAUGUUAAUACCGGCUGUUUUGGGCUCUUCACUCACCCAUAACACAAGACCAGACCCCAAGACAAAUGUUAAAAUAAAGGAAAAUAAAAAUAUUUUUGAAAUCCAGCGGCUGCAAAAAGAAUUAAGAAGUUGUGUCCAGAAAAUUGAAGACCUAACUAAAAAAGGUGUAAGACUAAACAAUAAUUAUUAUAUGUAAAUGCAUGAGAGUUUGUUGAUUUGUUCUUCUUUCUACUCAUUUGUUUGUUUGUUUUUGACUUGGAUAAAAUCAGAUUCAUUCUGGAUUUUUGAGAAUGGAAAAACAAGUGGAAUAGUUAGCCAGGAUAGGUAAUAACAAGGUUUAGUGUCUUUGAGUAUUUGUAGUGAGUUCCAGUUCAGCUCCCAUGGCAGUACAUUAGUGGCAGGCUAUUUAAUAACCUAAUAUUGAUGUAGACAUAUUAGCUAGAGCUUCUGACUGCAAAAUGCAGUACCGUGAUUAACCACGUUCUUAGCUGUGAUAAUAGUCAACAGUUGAUGUCAUUUUACAGGUCUGACUUACCUAAUUUAUAGGUGUGCAGUGUAAUGAUUAAUGUCCUUUCCGACACUGUGGUGGUCUAAAUACCAAAACACCACAGAGCUCCUUACGCUUAUUGCCUCCUCUAGCAGAAGAGAGGAGAGAACAGGAAGAGCAAAAGCAAGAAAACUUACAAGUUGGGAAGUAGGUAGCUUGGUAAGUGAAGGGAAGAUGGAAAAAUAAAACAGAUGAUGCAGUGGCAGUCACAUGCUGUCUCCCAAAGUAGUCCAAUGCCCAACCAAUCUCUUGGGUAAUGGCUACAUUUCUCCCUUCACCCAAAACUCUUUUUUUUUUUUUUUAUUGCUGAGCGUGGUACUAUAUAGCGUGGAAUAUCCCUUUGGUUUGGUUCAGCUGUUGCAGCUGUGACCCCUCACAACUUCUUGCACACCCCCUGCCUACUCACUUGGGGGACAGAGUUGGAAAAAGAGAAAGCCUUGGAACUGUGCACCUGCUCCACAGCAACAGACAAAAUGUGGAUGUGUUAUCAGCACUAUUUUAAGUCUUAAAUCCAAAACAGCUCUAUGCGUGUUACUAUAAAAAAAGUAAACCCAUCCCAGCCAGACCCAUAACAUUGCAUUGGUCCCUUUAUAAUAACUACCUGGAUGUUUAAAUUUAUUUCUAAUUUGGGGUGUUUUACUUGCAAGUUUGUCAUGAGAUUAAGGAAUCAUGAGUUAUUUUGUAAACUGUAUCUGAAAAGAUUGUAUGAGAGUAUUUAGUCACAUGCUAAGCAGAUACAUAAUGUAGAGUUAAAGUAACUAGUUUGCAUUACUGCUCCAGGAUGCUCUGCGUGAAAGAUUCUUGUUGCUAAAUUAUGAUUGUUCAUUUGGCUUAAGGGAGAUUUUCACAUGUUAAAUUAAGACAUAAAACUUAAUAUUUCAUGCUUCUCAGAGAGAGAUGAAGAAAAUUUAGAUGCUGAUGAAGAGCAACAAGUUUGCACUCAAAGGCAGAAACAAGCUGCACGGUCAGCUCAGAUGCUGUAUGUACUCCAGCAACAGGUAAAAGAAAUUCAGGGUGAUUUAGAAAAACUGAGUCCUCAUAAAAUCAAACAUACUAAAAAGUCCCGAGCAGUAUCCAGAUUGGCAGCAGCACACAGAGGAGUUAUACGAGCCUUGCAGGCAUUUGCCAAUCAGUUUACUCAUCAAACAGCGCAGUGGAUUCCUACCCACUACAAGGAGCUGGGCAGUCUCAUUCGACAGCUGUCACUCUGUUCUGCCAAACUAGAACUAGAUUCUUCAACUUCUGACGUUAUAAUAGAUAUUUUGAUGCAAGUUGAGGAUCUGAUUUCGUUGCUGGAAAAGAAACAAACUCCCAAAAAAGUGAAGAAAUGUCUUUCCACAUCUCAUUGCAAAUCUCCAGUGAACACUGUCACAUUUCCAGCCAGAAAGCAGCUAACAAUACCAAAAGGAGAAAAUAAGCCUCUCAUCGUAAAGGAACGACAUGGACAAGAACCUAGAAAAUCUUCAGCUGCCAGAGGUCUCUUGAUUGAUAAGCAUCAACAUGUUGCAAAAAAUUCAGCAGUUCAGAAGAUGAACAAUCACGCUCAUAUACUGCAUGAUAAAUUCCAGGAAGCAAAUGAUCUACCCACUCCAGAAAGCAAUACCGUUUUACAGGGAAGUCUAGAUGCACUGGUGAGAUCUAGAGCUGUAAAAAAAGAUCCCAUCCUUCAAACUGGCUCUUUAAAGAAGAAAGACAUAUUAUUACCUGCAAAAUCACAGGGAAUGCCUAAAUCUCUAAAACCAAGGCAGGUGCAGCCUCCAGGAAAGCAUGCCCGAUUUCAAGAGACAACUAUAGCUUUUCAGUUAAAAGAGAACAAACGAUUUGUUAAGGAGAGCAGCAUACCCUGGAUGCCUCCAAGCCCUACAUCACUUCCUGCUUCACCUAAACGACUAGCAUGGCGUGAAGCAGAAGCUUCAAGAAGAAUGAAAGUUCUGACUGACCUUAGCAGAGGAGAAAUGAAAAAAGUACAAGAGUUAAGGUUGCAAGGUGCUUCUCCAACUCAGUAUGCAGACAAAGUUGACAAAGCAGUAUGUGAGCACCUAGAACAUCCAUUGAAUAGGGCACAGCAGAUCAAUAUUUCCUUGGAAUCAAAUGGUCAUUUGAAGGAUUCUUCAAUUAUAAGCCAGCUUUCAACUCAUGCAGCUGAAAAGGUUACCCAGAAAAGCUGUGGCUGCACCAACCUUGGAGGUGCCCAAAGCCAGGCUGUAAGGAGGUCCCUACGCAGUCUGAUUGGAGAAGGUGCACCCAGCCCAUGGCAGAGUUGGAAUAAGGCUGCAGCAAAUGCAGAUAUUCUGAGUGAAAAGGUACUGGAUGAUCUCUUGGAAGAUACUGCUCAGGAAUUCUGGAACAUGGAGCAGCAUAAGAGACUUCAGGCUGAGAGUCUGUUUGUGGCUGACAGUCUCAGUCUGGAGACAAUGCUGCAAAGAAUGGAGGAAAUUGAAAGAUAUCAGGAAACUGUAUGCAGGAGAUUCACCCAGAUUGUCUACAGUGAUUCAGAAUUCAGGGCUCAAGAGGAUAAAAUUGAUCAACAAAUGGCAUUAAUAGCUCAAAUACCUACAUCUCCUCAUUCAAUUCAGAUAACCAAAUUAACUAGACAGAUAGAGCCAGAAACUGACAUUUUGUUUGAAAAACUUUUUGAUGACAAUGGCACUGAUGAAAACAAAGAAGCUCAGGAGAAAUUGCUGACUGGAAAUUACAUUCUGCAGCCCUUGACUCAGAAUUCUGUGCAGAAAGAGUCCUAUGUUUCUCUCUCGGUUACAAUGCACAUGCUCCAGAGCAUCCUGGAUUACAACAGCAAAUACAAGCAUCACCUAAAGCUUAUUUUCCAUGAAGCAGUAGGCAGUUUCAAUCCGUGGCAGAUUGCUGAAAGUCUUGCAGAUGAACUAACAGAUGAAUCCCUGUUUGAUGUGGCAGCAGAGCUGCAGGAUGUUUGUGAGGAUUAUGCUGAAGCUGUGUUCACAUCAGAGUUUUUGCAGCCAGCACAGUAAGUGCUUUCAGAUCUGCCCCAUCUAAUCAACCUCAAUCUAACAGUUUUAUCAGACAAUCUAAUUUUUCCUAUUUUUGCUUGUUUGUUUUUUUGUGAGAGUUUGUUCCCUAAAAUGAGUUAAAUCCAACAAGAAUUCAUGUCAGAUUUCUGUAGAACCACGAUCAUAACAUUUUUCUUUUUAGACUUCCUGGAUUUAUCAGGACUGUCUUUUUGUUGUUGUUGUUGUUUCAUUUCUUUGGCCAGCAUUUCAGUAGAAUGAUGUAAACUGUUACAGGUGAAUGUUUCGAUAGGCACACACAUCCAUUUAUUUACCUGUGAUAUCUUCAUCCAUUUUUGUGUGUAAACUACUGAUGAGAAUAAAAUACUGGGAAGAGGGUGCUGGGUUUAAGCCAUGUCAUAGACUUAGCUGCAGUGUGCCUCAAUUUUUCUUUCAAUUGUGAGAAUCUCACUUAACUACCUCAUAAAGGAGUUAUGGGUUUUAGUUUAUUUCUGUCAAGAAAAUGCAUUGAAUUUGUCUGAUAGUUGUGUUGGAAGACCAAUUCGUUAUUGAUAGGAAUCUAAAACUCAGAUGGAAAAGUCAAGAACAAAAACUCUUGGAUUUGCUCUUUAGAGCUUUGUGUGUCGUAUAAUAAAGACGCUGUCUGACCACCAUGAGGAAUAUAUGGAUUAGUGCUUUUUAGAAUGUGGCAAUCCAAAGGAAGGAUUCUCAGAGCACAGUGCUAAGUAGAGGUAAAUGCUUACACUGGCUGUAGAUACAACUUGCACUCUUAAGUGAACUUCUGAAUGAAGUACCUCUCCUGUUUGUUUUAGAAUGUCACUAGUACAUUAUGCACAGACAAAUGAAUCCUUUCAAGAGAAGCAUGUGAUUGAGACUUUCUUCCUUUUUUUUCUUUAAGUUAGCUUAAAAUAUUUAAAUGCAGCACUUAGUGAUCCAGCUCUACAUUCUUUAGUCUUAGCAAUCCCAUUAAAAUCAAGAACAACAAAAUAAAUGAAAACUGUAAUUUCUGCAAUGUAGUCAAUAAGUUAAUCACUCUACUAGUUUGGGUUAUGUCUGGAAUGAGCAAUGAGUAAGAUUUAUGGUACUAUUUUGGGGAGGUAUGAGCUCAGCCCUUGAGGUAACUCAGAAAACAGUAUGACAUUUUGUAUCCUUUGACAAGUUUCUUUACUACAGUAGUGUUGCUCUCAUCAGAAUAAAUUUAACCUUCUAAGACUAUUUUUACUUCCUCUUAUUUGAACAUAUUAUAUUAAAAUAAUUGUUUUUAUUGAGGACUUCUACUGUUUUGUUUGUCUUGAAUUUUACACCAGAUGUAAGAAUGUAAAUAUUACUGAUGUGACUUUGAUGUGUGAUUUCUUAAAUUAUAAACACCACCUUUUUAUUUAUGUAGUUGUAUAAUAAGUCUACUUUAAAAUCAAAAAUACUAAGACAAAGUGUCUGUAUCUGCAUGUAUGCUCAUGAAAGUAUUGUCAAAGUAUUCUGUUUUUUAAUAAACGAUGUGUCUUUGAUAGAA